GAAAAAGUGAGUUAGUGCUUAAAAAUAUUUAAACCAGAAUCUUAUGUAACUGUUUUGUUAAAAACUGGUUUUAUUAACGAUGCAUCCCCUGUAUGGAGAGCAACAGAAUUAUUACCAUUACAGCAGAUACCCGACUAUGGCAGUAAAUUCCAUGAUGCAUUCAAGUGGUGGAGUUGUCCCUAAUUACACAAACAGUGGAGUUGUCCCUACUUACACGAACAGUGGAGUUGUCCCUACUUACACGAACCAGCAACAAAUUUUACCUGACCAAUAUUCAAAUUCAGUGAUACGUCAUUCAGGAUACAAAUCGCCCUAUAGUUCUUCCUUGUCACAACACCCAUCGCUCUUCCCCGCAAAAGACAUGGUCAAACCACCUUAUUCUUACAUCGCUCUCAUCGCUAUGGCAAUACAAAACGCUCCUGAAAAGAAAAUAACAUUGAAUGGGAUUUACCAGUUUAUAAUGGACCGGUUUCCAUUUUACCGUGAAAACAAACAAGGUUGGCAAAACAGCAUUAGGCAUAACUUAAGCUUAAAUGAAUGUUUUCUGAAAGUUCCCCGUGAUGACAAUAAGCCAGGGAAGGGCAGCUACUGGACGUUAGAUCCGGACAGUUCAAAUAUGUUUGACAAUGGAAGUUAUCUUCGUAGACGCCGAAGGUUUAAGAAAAAGGAAUCGUUUCAUGGAAAAGAAGGCAGUGAAGAACCCAAGAAGAAGCAACUUAAACCUCAGAAAGGUGGGUCAAAAGAAGAAAAUCCGGUGUUCAGAAACAGAGAACAAAGGAAAGGGUUAAAGAAAACUCAACCAAAUCAGACCGAUCUUGCUUUCAAAACAAAUUACUGUAUGAAUUCUAGCAAUAACAACUCGACCAGCGAAGGUAGUAGUAUAGUGGUCGAGGCGUCUCGUGUACAAACUAACUCGCCUGGAAGGUCCGGCUCUCCAACCAGCGAUAAAAAAAUGUUUAAAAAUACGUCAAAAUCCGAGCCGCUGGAAGACUUCGGCCUUCCGUCUUGUAUGCAGCAUAAAGACUAUAAGUUUAAAACUAAACUGAAUAGUUUCUUAAUUAGUUCCGCGUCACUUGGAAACGUUCUGUCGGACGAUACUUUGGAUACUACGUGCGCUCGCAACCACUCAGUGGUGAACACCUUGAUGUCACCCAGAGAGCAAUCACCCAUGCGCGCCGUUUCCUCCGUGGACACAUCUACUGGUAUGAUGAGUUCCAUAGCCCAAAAUGGAGGUUUUAUUAAGACUUUCAGUCGCAAAACCAUGUAUCCUUGCGGUGUGAUAAGCGAUUUUUCUGCCUGUAACAGCUCACAACAGACGAUGGGCUACAGUUGUGCGGCGUCACCGUGUAUGUAUCAAUCGGACAAUAAUAGCUUGUGCUCGGUACUUGAAAACCUAAACAACGCAGGUGGACUUAGCAAUAUUACAGGGUCAACUACGGGUCAUUGUAUCAGUACUAGCAACAACUUAUUUUCCCUAAUACCAGACCAGAACUCCUACUCGUCGACUGGUCAAUCUUUGUCAGUUUCCAACUCUUGGUACUCUUCAUCAGAUCCUACCGUCUCCGUCAGUCAAGCAUUACCCGUUGAUGCCUUCUCAACGGUUAACGGGAUUCCCUGUGUCCGAGAAAUGUUCGAAUCACAACGACUGUUGACCACCGAAUCCUCUAGUAACCCGAGCUGUCAAGUUGAAUUCACUGGCGGUUCAACAAGUUAUCCGGUUAGGCUAGCAAACUCUGGUUAUUACGACUGCAACAGGUUUUAACAUACUGUUUAUCUAUAUUCUAAACUUAUAACUUCCCUGUUUCUAAGUUACCAGUUACGUGUAUAAAGUAUAUAUAAGUAGAAAUAAAAUACAAUGUGUUAUUUUUAACGUAAAUAUUACAUUCUGAUUUUUAAAACGCAGACUGAGAAAAUGUUAAAUUUUUUUAGAGAGAAUAAUAAAAUCUUCAACAUUUCUCUAUGACUUAGUGAUUUUAAAACCAGGAAUGUGUUCGCCAUAACUGACUAUUUUAUGUAUAUAUAUGUAAUUAUCAAAUUACGUGAGAACGUACAUAUG